CGCGCCUCUCGGUCCAGCGGCGGUCACAAACGUUUCGCGCGGUCCGCCGACAACAGACGUCACUCUCCUCGUCCGAUCCGAAGUGCGUUCGAGUGCAUCGCAGUGCGCGUGUUCAAUCUAUUAACACAUACACACACACACGCACACACACACACACACACACACACACAUAUUCAUUAUUUUUGUGCGUAUAGUUCACGUGUACACGGUAAAUCGUACGUACGUGAACUACGCAAAAACUUGAGUGCACUUCCGGGACACGUCCAGCAGCUUCAUUUCCGAUCCAGUGGACUAGUUUUCAAGUGCCGUUCUUCAGCGUCCCUCCGAGUAGGGGUGAGAAAACAUGUGCCUGCCGACCAGCGACGAGCGUCGUCGCCGACCUGACCUCUGCUAAGUCUCCGGCUCCUCAUCCUCCUCUUACUCAGCUACCCCCCGAUUCUUGCCGGGUUGUCCGAAGACACACACACGCACGUUGAUUACAUACGCAACUUUUCACGUCGUCCGCAGACCGUCCGCGUACCAUGACCCGACCGACACCCAUUGUGAUGUUGCUGCAAUUGCUGUUGUGUGCGGCAACGCUCAGAUCCGAUGCGGUGGUGGCCCAGGACACAGAUUCUCUGGCCAGCAGCUUUUUCUCAGGUUUGUUGGACACGAUUACGAGCACGGCAGACAGCAAAGACUGCCCGGGAGUUUGCGUUCACACGCUGGCUACGCUAAUAUGCUACGAAGUGCUGGAGAACGUCAAGUGUCCGAGCUCGACGAUGAGGUGCUGCGUGGAACCACCCCCGCUGUCGGCCAACGGCACGACCUCCGUGGCCAACAAGGUGGACCAGACUACGCCGGCAGUGCAGUCUAGCGCUAGGCCGCAACAAGUCUCCUCCAGCAGCCAACAGUCGAGGCCGGUAGUGAACACAUCGUCCGCGGACAAUCCGGGCAUCGUCUGUCCGGGAGUUUGCGUAGCCGAGAAGAUAGCCGACUACUGCGAGGCUGUGUUGAACGUGACGGAAAUGUGCAAGACGGGCCUGCGGUGCUGUGUGUCCAAAGACGCGUUCGCCGGGGCUGAGCACUUGGUCGUACUGGACAGGAACUCGACCAGGAUCAGCGUGAACAACGCGCCGCACCGGCCACCACCGCCGUCGUCCACGACGACCACGACCACGCCGGCCGCGCAGUCAGCGGUCGCUGCGUCCCCGCCCGUGGGCAGCAAACAGUGUCGGGGCGAGUGCGUAAGCGGGCUGUUCGCGUUGUUCUGCGACGACGUGGAUGCCGAUGCGUACUGUCCCGGCGACGACAGCAGUUGCUGUGUUUCUGCGCCCGCGGAAGGUCAACAGUCAUCGCCAUCGCCGUUGCCACCGCGACCGGCUACGCCGUCCAAGCAGCCACCGUCCCGGCCCGCGGCCACCACAACCACGACCGAGACCGGGCCGCCGUUGCCCAAGUGCCCCGGUUUCUGUCUACUGAACUUGAUGGCCGCGUUCUGCGAACGGCCGUCCGUACUCGUGUCGUACACGUCCACGUGCAAACGCGGCUCCGUGUGCUGUGACAACACCAAAGCGGCCGCCCAGUCGGCGUCGCACGCGCAGAAACCCAAACCCCGGCCACCUGCGCCAACCACGACCACUACGACCGUGCCACCACCACCGCCCGAUGGACGACCCGAGUGUCCCGGCUCGUGCAUCGUCCCUUACCUGUCGUUCACGUGUUUCAGAAACGCUGAAAUGACGGACGUGUUCAAAUGCCGUAAGCCCGGAACGCAGUGUUGCGCUUCGAAAACACAAAUCCGUGAAGUGGUCGAACAGAAGACGGGCGUCGUAAACAACGGCGUUGUUACACAACAAUCCACCCCACAGACCUAUGGCGGAUUUACGCACAGAAAUGACACCGUACCACCGUUUAGGCCGCACGUACCCAGUUCGUUGCAAGUGUACACGCCGUCACCUAUGACCGACUAUCCGAUGAAUCCGACGGUGUCCACGCUUACCACGACCAACGCGAUACCGUCCAAACCAUCGACGUACAGCAAAUACGUGUGCGGCGUCAAAGGGACGUCUAGGACGCGGACGUCGAGGGUGGUUGGCGGCGAAGACGCGGACGCGGCCGAAUGGUGUUGGCAAGUGGCGUUGAUCAACUCGUUGAACCAAUACCUUUGCGGCGGCGCGUUGAUCGGCACCCAGUGGGUGUUGACGGCCGCUCAUUGCGUUACCAACAUAGUGAGGUCCGGCGACGCGAUCUACGUGCGAGUGGGUGACCACGACCUGACCAGGAAGUACGGCAGUCCGGGGGCACAGACGCUGCGCGUGGCCACCACGUACAUACACCACAACCACAACUCGCAGACGCUGGACAACGACAUCGCUCUGCUCAAACUACACGGCCAGGCCGAGCUCAAGGACGGCGUGUGCCUGGUGUGCCUUCCGGCCAGGGGCGUGAACCACGCAGCCGGCAAGAGGUGCACGGUCACCGGUUACGGGUACAUGGGCGAGGCGGGCCCGAUCCCAUUGCGCAUCCGCGAGGCCGAGAUACCGGUGGUCAGUGACGCCGAGUGCAUCCGCAAGAUCAACGCAGUCACCGAGAAGAUAUUCAUACUGCCGGCCAGCAGCUUCUGCGCGGGCGGCGAGGCGGGAAAUGACGCGUGUCAGGGAGACGGCGGUGGACCUCUAGUGUGUCAAGACGAUGGAUUUUUCGAAUUGGCUGGAUUGGUGUCGUGGGGCUUUGGAUGCGGCAGAAUAGACGUGCCCGGUGUGUACGUGAAGGUGUCCUCGUUCAUCGGUUGGAUCAAUCAAAUCAUCAGCGUAAACAAUUUGUAAUUUUGGACUGCAGAACGUUGAAGGGGAGGAAAAAUGAGAACUACCGAAACUCGUCCGGAUUCAGAUCGCAUAUUCAUCGAUUAUUUAUUUAUUUAUUUAUUAUUUAUUUUAUAUUAUGCUUCUGCAGAUUUAAUAAAAACGAUGAACAUAA